UUAUGUCGGGUAGCUUUGUCUUGAGAGAUGGUCACCGCUCCUUAGCAACUGGCUGUCUGAAAUGCUGAAGAGUGGCGGGGUUUUGGCUCAUUUUUCUAAGCCGACAAGUGCAGGCUACGCCUCUACCUUCACGUUUAGUAUUGCUGGAUAUAAAACAAAUUAAAACGAAAGACUUGGAGAUCAAAAGCGGAUCACUUUUAAAGGAAUUCAUAUUUUUCUUGGACAUCCCUGAACAUUGGAUCUGUGUGACACUGAAGAGCGCAGAACCCACGUGGUUAUUGGAAGGAAGGAGCGCUGCGGUUUGGAGUAAAAUUGAAAGAAGGCUGAUUUGUUGAAAGACCGACCUACAAUCCAAAACAAAAGUUUUGGGAAUAUUUGGGAGAGAGCAUAAAUAUCAGUGAUAAUCACAAAAGGAUUGGCAAGGAGUGGUCCAUUGAAGAAAACACCGUUAUGAAUUUGACUUUUAUUUACUCCCAACAUUAGUCCAUCAUUUCUUAUGAACAAACACUCGUUUAUCAUUGAACUGUCAGAAGUCAGCUAAACCAGUGCUCUCCUUGUAUCCCCUCAAAAGAAAAGACAUGAGUUGCUUCUGCACUGCUCAGGAGGAGUUUUAUUGUGAAGUUCUACUGUUGGAUGAAACCAAAUUGACGUUAACUACUCAACAACAAGGAAUAAAGAAGUCUACUAAGGGUUCGGUGGUGCUGGACUUUGUGUUGGACCAUGUGAAGCUGGUAGAGACAGACUUCUUCGGGCUGCGCUACUGUGACCGCAGCCACCAGACGUAUUGGCUAGACCCCUCGAAAACCCUUUCAGAACACAAAGAUUUAAUAACAAAAGGGCCUCCAUACACACUCUAUUUUGGGGUAAAAUUUUAUGCUGAAAAUCCCUGCAAGCUAAAAGAAGAAAUAACAAGGUAUCAGUUCUUCCUGCAGGUGAAGCAGGACGUACUACAGGGCAGAAUCCCCUGUCCCCUCGACAUCAGCGCCCAGCUGGCUGCUCUGGCCAUACAGUCCGAGCUUGGCGACUACGACCCGUACAAACAUGUGUCGGGAUACGUGUCAGAGUACCGCUUUGUCCCGGACCAGAAAGAUGAACUGGAGCACGCCAUCGAGACAAUCCACAAAACUGUAAUGGGCCAGGUUCCCUCCAAGGCUGAACUCAAUUAUUUAGGAAUCGCCAAAACACUGGAUAUGUACGGAGUCGAUCUUCACCCUGUGUUUGGCGAGAAUCAAUCUGAAUACUUCCUGGGGUUAACACCUAUUGGAGUUGUUGUUUACAAGAACAAAACACAAGUUGGGAAGUAUUUCUGGCCAAGGAUAACAAAAGUGCAUUUUAAGGAAACACAGUUUGAGCUUCAAGUCGUUGGAAAAGAUUCCACAGAGACGUCGUUCUUCUUCAAGGCAGCCAAUAAGACAGCCUGUAAACAUCUGUGGAAGUGCUGCAUAGAACAUCACACUUUCUUCAGAAUGCCAGAAAAUGAUGGCAACACACUGACAAGAAAACUAUCCACAUUUGGUUCCCUGGGAUCUAAGCAUCGGUACAGUGGAAAGACUGCUAUGCAGAUGGGCAGGGAUCUGUCUGUCACUCUGCCUCGACCAGACCUGCAGGUGGUCAGGACCCGCAGCAAGACCUACCCCAAGAGACCAUCACAGAUCACAGGACUGAACAAUGUGAAUCGGUCCAACACAAAGACGGAGAAUGCAGAAAAAGAGGGAACGACUAAGAUUACAGCACAGUCAGCUGUGAAGAGCUCCAUAGUAACCAAGACAGAGAAUGAUGAUCCAGAGGAACAGCGAGGGAAGCCCAGUGCACCAUGGGAUGAGAACGCCCCACAAUGUGGGCUGUACAACACGGCAAACCAGCGAACCAAGUCGCCCAAGUUCCCCAAGGCACGUGGUCGCACCCCUUCAGGAGGCAGCGGGAAGGAAACGUCCCAGAACCCACGCUGGAAAGGCCAGGCCAGUGAUCCAACAGAUCCCCCGAACCAGAACGAUCAGCAAAGGAGGUCACGCUCCCGUGGCAACACCAGUAGUGGCAGCGAGUCCGAGAACUCCACCCGGGAGCAUCGUAAAAAGAGGAACCGGUCCCGUCAGGAGAAUGAGAUGGUGGACUCUGGUCCUCAGUGGGAAGCUGUACUCUGCCGUCAAAAAGAGAGGUCUCAGAACGACCCAAACCAUCGUCGCUCACGACACCGUUCACGAUCGCGGAGUCCAGAUGUGCAGGCUAAAGAGCAGCUGUGGAAGCACAUUCAGAAGGAGCUGGUGGACCCUGCUCCUGAUCUAACAGAGGAUCAGCUGAAGGAGAUCCCCUACAAGAAAGUGGAAACCCAAGGAGACCCAAUCAAAAUCCGGCACUCUCAUUCCCCCCGGAGUUUCCAUCAGUACCGACGCUCCCAGUGUUCCGAAGGGGAGAGGUUCGUGCUCUCUGAGGUCAACACCCGGACAGACCUUGUUCCCCCCUUACCUGUGACACGCACAGCAGACAUCCCAGGUUCCAGCUCCACCUCCUCUCAGAAGAAGCCCGGAUCUAAAGACACGCUGCUGUCAGAGAUCGAAGAGCAUGACGUAAGGAGCAGCGCCAAGGUGGUGAAGACGGUCCAUACUCCCCGGACCAAGGUCGAGACGUGACCUGACAGAAACGCAACCACCACCGCAGAAACAAUGCCACAAUCUCACCAACAGAAAACAUGUAAAGAAAAACCUGAUUUCUGGAAAGAAAAAAAAUGUGCUUGUGAAAUACAACAGCAGGGGCUGUGUAGAGUACACUGGUUGUGCUCUACACCAGUAACCAACCCCACCUUGGAGUUGUGUAUGUACCGUAUGUGUUAGAUAAUGCAUGGAAACCCCUUUAAGAGGACAAAAAGGACACUUUUCAAAGUUUUUGUGCCAGUGUACUCUGCUGUCUUUUGGACCACACCGACACCAGUAAUCCUGUACAGUAUCUUCAUUUUAACAAGAGCAUUUAAGCUUUAAGGCUUGAGUAAGCCUGGUCCCAGAUAUAUUUGUUCUAUAUAGCCAACUCCACAACGACCAUAGGCUAUUCAGCACAAACAGAUCUGGGCCCACUACUCCUGAGUGGGCGAGAUAUACUGUAGCUACUGAGUACAAUUGUACUCAAUUGUUGUAAUCCGGAUGAGAGCGGAUUGUGUAGCGAUCACUGCACAGUGAGGUCUUAGAUCAAUCAUGUUUUACUAUGCAUUUGCCUCCAAAUUGAUUUGCGUUAUUUUUAUACAAUAUGCAGUAUUAAAACAUAGUGUUUCACUCAUACAUGUGAGUCUGAAAUCUGAAAUGGCACACUUCCCUGCAUAGUGCACUACUUUUAAACAGACCCUUAUGGGCCCUGUUCAAAAGUAUUACACUGGGGAUAGUGUGUCAUUUGUGACGCAGCCUGGGUUAUUAUGUUACUGUAUUGUCAGGUCAAGUGUGUUUACUGUAAGCACUUCUGUACUGUAGGAACCUUUGCUGCUGGACCCCCUUUUUUUUGUUGCACAUUACAACUGAAUAUUUCGGGGGGGAGUUGUCAUCAAUUAGAAUAAUGAAUAAUGAGUAGCCCACACUGUACAGUAGUUGAACUGGAAAUUCAUCCUUGUCAAUAAAUACAUUCAAUAUGUCUAAAA